AUGGUGGGUGUGCUUUCAAACAAAAUCCAAAAGGACGAAUUAAAGCCUGGCGAUCACAUCUAUUCUUGGAGACACUCGUAUAUCUACGCUCAUCACGGAAUAUAUGUUGGGAAUGGAACUGUGAUCCAUUUCACUCGGGGACCGGGUCAGGAAAUUGGGACAGGAACGGUGUUAGAUCGUUUCAUUUUCAGCUCGUCUCCAUCCGAUCCCUCCAAGCCCCCAUGCCAGAUAUGUGGUGAUCAGUCAAAGUCUGAUGGUGUCAUAUCUUCUUGCCUGGAAUGUUUUCUUUAUGGUGGUGAGCUAUAUCUGUUUCAAUAUGGUGUCUCACCAGCAAUGUUUCUUGCCAAAGCUCGUGGCGGAACGUGUACUCUUGCCCCUUCCGAUCCACCUGAAGAUGUCCUUCACCGUGCUAAAUAUCUUCUUCAGAAUGGUUUUGGUGCCUACAACAUUUUCAAGAACAACUGUGAGGAUCUUGCAAUAUACUGCAAAACAGGUUUGAUUGUCUUCACAAGAGUUAGUGUUGGCCGGAGUGGGCAGGCAGCAUCUUAUUUAGCUGCUGUUAGUGCCAUUGUCUCAUCACCACUUCGCUUUUUGACUACUGGCUUUGCCGGCCUUACAGCAUUGGGAUGUGGAAUUUAUUGUAUUAGUCGAAUUGUGUCCGAUAUUGGAGUACGACGUGAUGUCAUGAAAAUCCCUGUUGAGAGGCUUGUUCCCCACUCCCGCUCAGAUAGGUCUGAAGCAGCGACUGAGACCCCGAAGGAAGAUUAA